AAAGAAAGAGCUUAUAGAGACUCAUCAGUACAGCCAGUAUGCUGCAGUUCCUGAUUCUCUUUCUGCUUCUGGGCAGAACAACUGUCACUAUUGGAGGUAAUAUCAAGUUGGUGAACGGCAAAGACGCUUGUUCAGGACGAGUGGAAGUUCUCUAUAAUGGAACAUGGGGAACAGUGUGUGAUGAUUACUGGGAUAUAUCAGAUGCUGCAGUGGUGUGUAGAGAACUGGGCUGUGGAAAUGCGAUAGAGGUAAAGACUGAUGCAUAUUUUGGACAAGGUUCAGGACAAAUAUGGAUGGAUAAUGUAACUUGUUAUGGCACGGAGUCCUCACUGAUGGACUGUGAAAGUGCAGGAUGGGGCGUACAUGACUGUGUACAUACGGAAGACACUGGAGUCAUUUGCCAUGCCUAUGUCAGGUUGGUAAACGGCAGUAACUCUUGUUCUGGACGAGUGGAGGUUCUUUAUAAUGGAACAUGGGGAACAGUGUGUUCAGAUUACUGGGAUCUAUUAGACGCUGCAGUGGUGUGUAAAGAGCUGGGCUGUAUAGAUGCUGUAGAGGAAAAGAGUUUGGCAUAUUUUGGACAAGGUGCAGGACAAAUAUGGAUGGAUGACGUAAAGUGUGUUGGCACUGAGUCAUCACUGACAAACUGUGAAAGACAGCCAUGGGGAUCACACAACUGUGAACAUUAUGAAGAUGCUGGAGUCGUCUGCCAGUGGUAUUUACGGUUGGUAAAUGGGACUGACUCCUGUUUUGGAAGAGUGGAGAUUUAUCAUAAUGGAACAUGGGGAACAGUGUGUGAUGAUCGCUGGGAUUCAUCAGAUGCUACAGUGGUGUGUAGAGAACUGGGCUGUGGAUAUGCUAGAGAGGCAAAGACUGAUGCAUAUUUCGGAGAAGGUUCAGCACAAAUAUGGUUGGAUGAAGUAAGCUGCGAUGGAACCGAGUCUACUAUAAAAAGCUGUAAAUCAAAUAAAUGGGGGAAACAUAAUUGUGUACAUCGUGAAGAUGCUGGAGCCAUCUGUCAAUAUAACUUCACCUAUAUCAAUGAAUCAAAAAGCUGGAUUGAUGCACUGCGGUAUUGCCAAACUCAUCAUCAGACUCUUGCGCACAUAUUAAAUGCAACAGCACAGACGCACAUCACACGGAUGCUGCAGGGUAUAGAAAUUGCCAAAGGAGUGUGGAUAGGACUUGAAAGAAAAAUGCAGAUCAAUUCAUCCCCUUGGCUGUGGACCGAUGGGUCUCUUGUAAACUAUACUUUGUGGCAUCCCACUUUUCCACUGAAUCCAAUGGGCAGGUUUUGUGGAAAACUGCUUAAGAAUAAAACAAGUAACACAUUUAAUUGGGUGGAUGAUUGCUGCUUUCAGAGCCUUCCUUUCAUCUGUCAGGGAUGAAACACUUGGUGGCGCUACGUCCUACUUUUGGAGUCUUUGACUGACAGAUAUUUAGGCUGUCAUAACUAUUUUUUUUCUUUGUUUUUAAAUUUUUUAAAUGCUCUGAUUGGUGGUAUGUAACUCAUAUGUUCUUGAAUCUUGAAAUCUUAUGAAAAUUGUUUAUAGGCCUAUCCUUUGUCAGCUUAUAUGAAAUGCAUGGCUAAUAAACAGUGUUGUGCAAGUUACUUGCAAACUGUAAUACAUUACAGAUUACUUGUUACUGUUAUUUAAAAAUAAUCCCUUACCUUACAAUAUUACUGUCUCAGAAUUGUAAUAUGUUACAUUACUCAUGUAUUACUUUUGAGUUACUUUCACCAAAAUAACUACAGAAGUAGAACUUAAAGGGAUAGUUCACCCAAAAAUGUUGACUAGUAUAUAUUGUUAGUAGCCUGGAUAGGCCACAGUCAUUGUGCUACAUCACAUCGCCCUCUACUGGAUGUAAAAUUGUCUGCAGUACAUGUUGUCAUUUUUGAAAGAUAAAGGGAUAGUUCGCCCAAAAAUGAAAAUUCUGUCAUAAUUUUUUCACUCUCAUGUUGUUACAAACCUGUAUAAAUGUCUUUGUUCUGAUGAACACAAAGGAAAAUAUUUUGAGCAAUGUUUGUAACCAAACCAAUCAUGAGCCCCAUUCACUUCCAUAGUAGGAACAAAUAAUACUAUGUAAGUGAAUGAGGUCAUGAACAGUUUGUAUGCCAGAAUCACAAAAUCUGUUAAAAUUAUGGUAGAGUGAUUAACUGGCAAUAUGUGUGAAUAGCUUUGGUAUGGUCUUAUUAGACACAACAGGACUAUAUGUAAACUCCAAUGCCAUGACAAGAUGCAGAUUUUUUAUUUUCUUACUGGUGCCAUUGUUUUAUUCAAUUUAAAUUCAAUGGUUCACAACACAAAACUGUC